CCAGACUUAUACCGUAGAUCUACUGAGACAUCAUGAGAGCCACUCCAGCCAUCCUAUUGGUCCUCUGUCUCCUACCCGCCAGUCAUGCCUGGGACUGUCAGCCUGUAGUGGAUAUCAAGAAUCUGGUGCAGAUCGAUGCAGGACUGGGGCAAGUGGUUGCAACGAACACAAGUCAAACCCCCUACUACCUGGUAGGUGAUAAAUGGAUCCCCCUGUCUGGUUCCAUGAAGCAUAUCACUGUAGGACCAGCAGGGAUCUGGGGUGUCAACAAGGCAGACUCAAUCUACAAGUAUGUGGCCGGUAACUGGGUGCAAGCUGCAGGUUAGUGGAGAGAAUUACUCAAUAUUUAUCCAGAGGACACCUGCCUCUUAGCCUUCCUGAUACCAUCAGGGUGUUGAGAAAAUGAUGAAUGUUUUACAUGUUUAACGUAAUGCCAUUGUAAGUCAUUUGGCAGAACUCACAGAUACGCACUUCAUGUUUGCUUGUCUGUCUGUCUUUGUGGUCUUCAGGCAGUCUGAAGCAAGUGGAUGCUGGGGGCAACCAGUUUGUUGUGGGGGUCUACAUGAAAGAUACCU